UCCUACUGUCUCUCCGACCUGUCAGUGACGCGUCAGAUAGCCAGCGUCACCCAUCGGCGAAUUCACGAACGAUUCCGAAUCGUAAUCACCGAAACGAGCACGAGCAUCGUAAGUUACGAGCUAGAUCGUAAAUCUAUUUCAGAAUCCUUCCAAUGCCAUUGGAAAUCGUCACGAAUAUUCACUGUCUCACUUUCGACGCUGGCAAUUAUUCCCGGUGGUUCCGCGUUCCACACGUGCGGUACCGUUUCGUCAUAGGUUCACACACACCGCGCGUCAGCUUUCCUCUCGCGAGAAUUGAGCUGUUCGCGGUGCGGGACGUAGAAAGAGCAAAGUAUCGUUAUCGCAGGCACACGAGCAUCCGCGACGAGCUACGACGGUGGCAGCUACGGCUGCGGCGGCUGGUACGGCGGUCAGAUGCUGUCGCGUGCAUGUGUGCAGCUACACUAGAGGGCCCACGUACGCCCGGUCGGCCGCCUACCGGCCACGGGGAACGCGGACGCGUACACGGACCGUGGAACGCAAAGUGGGGGAGUUGCACAAAGAAGGAAAGAGAUGGAGCGAUACUAACCUCGGCUCGAAAGGCUGGGUGUACGACGAAGAGGUUAGAUUGGAACGAAAAGCAGCGGACGGACGCCUGGACGCUUAUGCUGGUGGGGAAACAAGCAGCGUCGGUGGGGAAUGGUGCUCCAAUCGCAAAGAAACGCGGAUCACGCGCGGCUCCGCCCGGCAGAAGGCGAGUUCUCUGGUCGCGAGCGCGAACGCGCCUUUUUACCUCGCGUGUACCGGCUACUACUUACUGCUGCAACGAAACCACGAUUAAAGAGAGAGAAGGUAAGUCCAUUUGCAUAUGCGAGAAAAGCGACCAAUCGCGGCACUCGUCGCUCCCCUGUCGAUAUGUCACAGCAACAAUUAACACUUUCAAAUUAAUCCGAAAAACAAGUGGCACGUCUUUAGCACAACCAUUUUCGUAAACGUCAAGUAACAACUAAGUAAUAAUGAGGGCGCUCUAAUAUGCGCGCGACGCAUAUUAAUUCAAGUAGAUGUC